AUUUUUGUUGUCGCAUAUGUAACGGCCUUGUUGAGACUUUUUCUUAUUAGCAUUAAACGUUUCGGGUCUCAACGAAAUUGAAGUUUAAUACCUUUAAAACCCUGAUUCAGCACCCAGUCAUGACAACACACAGAGUUUCUAUAAAAUUGGAUCCAUACAUUACUGAUUGGUUGAACAAAACUCUCUGUUUAGAUGAUUUCGAGUUUGAAUAUAAUGAACGUUCAUUGUCCAUUCUUCGAUCGUUAAUGAAUAUUAAUUAUAUCACGGAUAAAACUAGCGAAUUCCGAGUCAGUGAUUUAAAUCAGAAAGCCCAAGAAUACAAAUGUGAAAACAGAAUCUUGUCUCGAGUGUUAAACUUUAUGGAACUGGAAGUGGGUAACAACUCCAAAUGUUCUAAGAAAUAUCUGGAAAUAUUAUGCGAACUUGCUCGUCUACUAAACCUUAAAAAUUUAUCAGAAACUAGUUAUAUGAUGGCUUUGAUAAAUCUUAGAAAUGAAAUGCAGGUGGUUUCCGAACAGAAAUUCAAAUUAAAACCCAGUAUUGACAACCACUUGAGUAUGAAGAUCCUCUACGGCCUGACACAUUCUACAUUUUCUAGGAUCUUCAGUUUUUUUCAGGAGUCAGUUGUAGGAUUGGAAAAUGGUUUUCAAAAAUUCAUUACAUUAAAGAAAAAAAUAAAAUCUACUGGCAUUGACAGAACAUUUGUCCAUCAGGCUAUUCUGAAUAAUAUGAAAGCUAAAGGCAAAAUUGUGAACAACACUAAUUCUCUUGUAUGUCGGUUGACAGAGUUCAAUAAGUUGCCAUUAAAUUUGAGGUCGAUAAACAACGAAAUAAGUAACCUAGAAUUCUAUAAAAAUCAACUUCAAAAAGAAGUUGAUGAAUUGCUGAAACAAACGAGUUGAUGCCUUCUCUCUAUUUUAACCACAAUCGAGAAAACAUUUUUGGACGCUUUAGAUUUUGACAUUUGAAUUGUUUUGUUUUUUUUACCCUACCCUAGUUAUUCCUACUAAUAAAGGGGAUGUUUUAAAAAUUAGUGUGCAUUCCUUGUUAAGGGUUUCAAAAAUAAUUGUUCGUUAAGAUUUAUACUUUUAAUAUUUUAAUUAUGCUUUUGACAUUAUAUGGAACGUACUGGCUGAAAAAUAAAAAUAAUUUUACUCUGUGCGAAGAUUUACUUUUCUUCUUCUUCAGAACUCUUAAUAUGUAAAUCUUGCUUGGUUUGUAAGAUUUACCAUUGAAACAUAGUCAAAGAAAAUAGUUCUAAAAAUAACUAGUUGAAACUUAAACAUUUUAUAACCGAUGUUUUCUUGUUAAAACGCAAAACUGUAAACACUUAUUUUAUAAGAUGUUGGAAUUCAACUGAGAAUAUAUAGCAUUCAAUUACUCUAAUGGUUUAGGAGGCAGAUAAACAGAUUUUCAGGUAAACGACAGCAGUGAGAUUUAUUUGUUGCAAACGCCAAACGUAGUAGGUAAGUAGGAUCUAAGAAUGACGGAAUGCAAGUUAUUAGUGACAGGUGUUAUAUUAGUUUUAAGGCAGGCACCCGCCCACCCUCCUCCUAAAGUUAUGGGUGGAGUGUAUUUUUACUGCCUUCUCGUUUUAAUCGAGUUUAAUUUUGAGGUGGUAGUGGUGGAGUAUUCACCAUUUCUAAAUCUAAGUUUGUUUACACCCACGAAUAACAACUUGGUAGCCUCGCUAGUUUAUGGAUGGCGAUGUAUGCAAAUGAUUUAAUCUUUAUACAUGUGGAAUUUAAUAGCUGCUGCUGUGUAUACAUAGUAGGAAUCUGGUACUGAAAUGAUAUUUCCUUGACUUAAGAUGUAGUCGUCAUCUUGAUAUAUUUUAGUUAUCGAGUGGGGAAAGACAAACUAAUUUAAGCCGAUAAUUUUCCAUAUUAAAGUUACUGUUACUUAUUUUAUACAGUAUUCCCGUUUAGUGACACAUUUUAAGGGUACGAAAUUGUUAGAAAUGCCUUUCGUAAGACAUCGUUCUUCAUCCAACUUGCUGUUACCGAGUCUCUCACGCAUACAAUUGUCAUCCUUCGAACGAAAAAGAUCUGUCAGGCUACCGCUACUUGUAUACAGUAGCUCACCUGGUAACGUCUGUGAGCAAGUCAGUUGCAUUUCCAUCGUUAGUAGCAGACAGCUACUAAUUCCAGCCAAUCACUGGCUGGUACUCUACUUCAAACCAAAACUAUUCUUUCCUCAUUUGGUGCUUUCAAAAGAUAACCUGGGCGUCAGCGUUUUCUGUUUCUAUGGCAAUGAAGUGAAAUCAUCUCAGUUAUCUAAUUGUCUAAUUGCUUUUCCUUUUUUAGCAUCGAAUAUUAUUAGCAGUUCUAUUUCUCGGCUUGAUCCUACAGGAUUAUUUAUUCUUAGGCUUAACACUAAGACCUUACAGGGUUUUGUACCAUAAUUUCUCAAAUAACUAAAUCUUUAAGCUUUGCCAGAGUGGCAUCUUGGUCAGUCAUUUCACAACUGGAGUUUAUUUAUUUACUUUUUAUUUGGCACCGACUACUUGUGUAUUGGUAUACAGACGAAACUAGUUAAUGUUUAUUUAA